CCCCGAGGUUUCAAAUCGUUUACUGAGUCGCGCGGGAAGUUUUCUCCCCUCCCCGCACUACAAAAUUCCUCCCUCACCCGCUUCCCUCAACGAUUCCUCUUCAUCGCAUCCCCCUCCGUUUUCCUUACCCACAAACUAUUUCCAGUUCCGUCAACUCCUUCUAAUCGCUCAAGAUGGAUCCUCGCUCCAACCGCUCCUGCUACAACUGCGGUGACGCCUCCCACCAGGCGAAGGACUGCCCCAAGAAGGGUACUCCCACCUGCUACAACUGCGGUGGUGAGGGCCAUGUCAACCGCGAGUGCCCCAACCCUCCCAAGGAGCGUACCUGCUACCGUUGCGGUCUGACCGGCCACCUGUCCCGUGAGUGCCCUCAGGGUGGUGCUCCCGGCGGCGGCGGCGGCGGCUACGGCGGUGCCUCCGGUGGCCAAGAGUGCUACAAGUGCGGCCAGGUUGGCCACAUUGCUCGCAGCUGCCCCCAGGGUGGUAACUACGGUGGUAGCGGCGGUUACGGCGGCGGCGGCUUUGGCGGUCGCCCCCAGACCUGCUACUCCUGCGGUGGCUUCGGCCACAUGGCUCGUGACUGCACUCAGGGACAGAAGUGCUACAACUGCGGCGAGGUUGGCCACGUUUCCCGUGACUGCACCACCGAGGCCCGCGGUGAGCGUGUCUGCUACAAGUGCAAGCAGCCCGGCCACGUCCAGGCCGCGUGCCCCAACUAAAAUGGAUCUUGCAAUGUCUUUUCUUUCGUCCUUUCCACCCCUGGGUAAUUUCGGAACAAAAAAUUUUCUAUUUGCAUGCGCCACGAUCUGAGAUGUCUAUUUCCCCUGGGUUCUUUUUUGUAUUAUCACUCACGGCUUGAAUCACGACCAUGGUCUUUUUCUUUGCAUGUUGUUUCAUGUCUUCCCGCGUUGAUCUUCCUUUCCGUGUCUACCGGGCUUUCUCGUGUGGAAAGCGAAGUGCAAAGGGCGGUCUGGCUUGCAAAUAAAAUGGGUUAUACAUGGGAUUCUUUUUACGGCGCGUUACGGGAGAUACUUAGUUGCAUGGGGAAAUGCAUAUUUAAUC